AUGAUGUUGGAGCUUGAUAAAGUAUACGAUGGCUAUGAUGUUCUGAGAUCGAUAAGUUUGAGAUCUCGAGAAGUAUUGGACUGUAGAGGACCGAGAUUUGUGCUCCGUGACAGCAUCUCUCAAGAUCAAGAAAAAACUGAAUCUCUAAAAAUUCAAAUUAAGGAGUGGGAGAGGAGUAUUCAAGGAGUUGAGAGUAAAAUCCUCCAUGAAGAAAACACAUUAAAAGAGUUGCGUAAACUCCAGGAACAGAUAUCGACCCAUACCACUGCUAGAAGCACUUUGUUUAAACUUCAACAGACUCAAUAUGGUGCCCUUGCUGAGGAAAAUGAAGAUACGGAUGAGGAGUUAAAAGAAUGGCAAACAAAAUUUGAAGAAAGGAUAGCACAGCUUCAAUCUAAAAUAAGUAAACGGGAGAGGGAGAUGAGCGAUGAAGAGACCAAAAGUUCUUUGCUUUCACAGGCAAUCAAUGAUUCUAUGCGGGAGAUCGGAAAGCUGCAGGCUGAAAGUGAUGCACACAUGUCAGUGAAGCGAGAACAUGAUUCAACGAUUCAAAGGAUUUUUGUGAAGUGUAACCUUGGAUCCCUUCCAGAUUCUCCAUUCAGCUUUGAGAUGGGAAACAACCUCACUAAUAAAAUAAAGACAAGGUUGUUCGAUCUUGAAAAGGAUUUACAGGAGAGGAAGAAAUCUAAUGAAAUCGAACUCCAACUUUUGUGGGAGCGCUUUGUCACAAUGAAUGCUCGUUGUAGUGAAAUUGAGGGUCAAAAGAAAGCUAAGAUUCAAUCUAAGGCUAGUGUAUCAAACCGCAUCAAAGAGAGAGAGAGUGAGCGUGAUCUUGCAGAACAAGAGUUGUCAAGCCUUAACCUCUCUCAUAUAGAUGAAAGGGAAAGAAACCUGCAAAUAGAGGUUGAGAGAAAGACCCUGGCCUUGGGGGAGAAAGAUUUAGAGUCUACCAUAAAUCAAAAGAGAACAGAAAUAUUUAGCUUGGAGCAAAAAAUCAGAGCUCUUUACCGUGAAAAAGAUGUUAUGGCGAGCGAUUCAGAAGAUCGAGUCAAGUUAGAUUUGAAGAAGGAAGAAGUAGAAAAUUGCAAGAGGAAACUGAAAAAAAUAAUGGAUGAACAUAAAGAUAAAAUUCGGAGCGUGCUAAAAGGGAGACUGCCCGCAGAAAAGGAUCUGAAGAUGGAGAUUGUUAAUGCCUUUGGCUCUGUAAAGAAAGAGUAUGAUGAACUGAACUCCAAAACUCUUGAAGCAGAGAAAGAUGUGAAAGUGGUCCAGAUGAAAAUACAAGAUGCAAGGAGUCAUCUAUUGAAACUUCGAAAAGAGAUGGAUGCUAAGGGAAGAUUUCUCGAGUCCAAACUCCACUCCAUGAUUCAGGAGUCUGAUAUUAUUGAUUCCUUUCCGAAAGUUUUACUUGAAGCAAUGGAGAAAAGAGAUGUGCAGAAAAGUAAAUACAACAUUGCUGAUGGGAUGAGACAAAUGUUUGAUCCUUUUGAAAGAGUUGCUCGUGCCCAUCAUAUUUGUCCAUGCUGUGAGCGACCUUUCACUCCAAAGGAGGAGGAUGAUUUUGUUAGUAAGCAAAGAGUUAAAAGUGCUAGCUCUGCUGAGCAUAUGAAGGUAUUGGGAGUUGAGUCUUCAAAUGCUGACUCGCAUUUCCAGCAAUUGGACAAGCUCCGUAUGAUUUAUGAAGAAUACGUAAAACUUGCAAAAGAAAACAUCCCUUUAGGGGAAAAGAAUUUGCAAGAGUUGAUGGAAGAUCUCAGUCAGAAGUCCCAAGCUUAUGAUGAUCUCCUUGGUGUUACAGCUCAUGUCAAGUCUGACAAGGAUGGAGUGGAGAUUUUGGUGCAACCUGCUGAAUUGUUUGAAAGAUACUUCAUUGAAAUUCAGAAUUUAAAACCUCAAAUUGAGGAUUUGGAGUAUAAACUUGAUGCGCGAGGGCAAGGAGUGAAAUCUCUGGAGGAAAUUCAAUCACAGUUAAAUUCCUUGCAGAGCAAAAGGGAUGCCUUGAGUUCUGAAGUAGAAAGCCUGAGAGAAGAGCAGAGAUUCUUGAGUGAUGAUUUAUCUAACGUACAAAUGAGGUGGCAUGCUCUUCGAGAGGAGAAGCUACGGGCAUCAGGUAUAUUACAUAAAGUGAAAAAAGCAGAAGAGGAAUUGAUUCUCUUAGCUGAAGAAAAGGCUCAAGCUGAGUUUGAUGAAAAGCAUUUUGCAGAAUCUCUUCUUCCCUUGUUGAAGGAUAAAGAGAAGGCAUUGCAGGAACAUUCAAAUUUGAAAUCGAAGCUGGAUCGAGAAUACGAGGAACUGGCAGAAACCAAAAGAAGUUUUCAACAGGAAUUUGAAAUGCUUCUAAAACUUGCUUCUAGAAUCAAAGAGUACCUGGACUCAAAGAGGGAAGAAAAACUAAAGGAAUUGCAGGAUAAGCUUCUCUUAUCCGAGUCUCAGUUGCAGAAAUGUGAGAGCAAGAAACAGGAAAUUUUGGCGGAUUUAAACAAGAGUAAAGAGUUGCUCAGAAAUCAAGAUCAAUUAAAAAGAAACAUAGAUGACAACUUGAAUUACAGAAAAACAAAAGCUGAGGUGGAUGAACUUACUCGUGAGAUUGAGAUACUUGAGGAAAAAGUUCUAGCUGUUGGAGGAAUUUCUGCCAUUGAAGCUGAACUUAAAAAACAUCUAAAAGAAAAGGAAAGGCUUCUUUCAGAGCUGAAUAGAUGUCAAGGUACAAUUUCAGUGUACCUAAGUAAUGUAUCGAAGAACAAGCACGAUCUCAAGCAAGGACAGUACACUGACAUUGACAAGCGCUACUUCAACCAACUCAUUCAACUUAAGACCACUGAAAUGGCAAAUAAGGACCUUGACAGAUACUACAAUGCACUUGAUAAGGCACUCAUGCGGUUCCACACCAUGAAGAUGGAGGAGAUAAAUAAGAUCAUUAGGGAGCUAUGGCAGCAGACCUAUCGAGGACAGGAUAUUGAUUACAUAAGUAUACAUUCUGAUUCUGAAGGUGCUGGAACUCGAUCCUACAGCUACCGAGUCCUCAUGCAAACUGGUGAUGCAGAGUUGGAAAUGCGUGGAAGGUGUAGUGCGGGUCAAAAGGUUCUCGCUUCGCUGAUUAUAAGAUUGGCAUUAGCGGAGACAUUUUGUCUUAAUUGUGGAAUACUUGCAUUGGAUGAACCUACUACUAACUUGGAUGGUCCAAACACAGAAAGCCUUGCUACAGCCCUCUCGAGAAUUAUGGAAGAUCGUAAAGGACAAGAGAAUUUUCAGUUGAUAGUUAUCACUCAUGACGAACGUUUUGCUCAGCUAAUCGGUCAGCGGCAACAUGCCGAGAAAUACUAUCGGGUUACCAAAGAUGAGCAUCAGCACAGUAUAAUUGAAGCCCAGAUGAUAUAUGAUUGAUAGCAAUUUUGACACCACAAAUAGGCUAAAUGGAGUUCAGAACGUCCAUUUUCGCCCACAUUGCCAUUCUAUUUUGGAUUUAUUCAUUUCAGUUCCAGCAGAAUGCUAAUUUUGUGAUUUCACUAUCAAAUGCUGCAACAGUUAUAUGUUAAACCUCUUUCUUCACAUUUCUCUAUAAAAUUAUUAAGUUUUAAUAUUAUUGUAUUUAUAUGCUGUAUGUUCUUUUUGAAGUAUUUUGAAGAUAGCCCUAAUGUUUUUAGCUGGAAUUUUUGUGAGGGAUACAUUACAGAGUUUGGAUUAUCUGUUUUUAACAUGUACUGUAACGUUGAAGUA